CUAACAUUCUCUCUCUCAGUGAACCUUUAGAAGUUAAAUCUGUUUCAUCACCGGAAAGUUUCACUAACUCUUCUUCUCUCUCUCGGAGUAUUGAUUCCCGGCGUUUAGCAAUGGCAAGUCUCCGAUUUCACAGAUCUGAUUUUCAACUCUCUCUCUCUCUUUUCUCUUCCGUUCGAAUUUUGGUUUGUCAAAUUCGAUGUCGUGAUUUGAUUGCAGGAAGAAAGUAGACAACUCGAAUCGUCGAUUGAUCGGCUGCUGAACGAAGAGAAACAGAUGAGGCUCGCAGAAAAUGUCGCCGGAACUAGAAAAGCAGCUACCGAGAUUCUUAAGCUUUGUUUCGAAGCUAAGGAUUGGAAACUUCUCAACGAACAGAUUUUGAAUCUCUCGAAGAAACGUGGUCAGCUUAAGCAGGCUGUACAAUCCAUGGUGCAACAAGCAAUGCAGUAUAUUGAUCAGACACUAGACAUAGAAACUCGGAUUGAGCUUAUUAAGACUCUAAACAAUGUAGCUGCUGGAAAGAUAUAUGUCGAAAUCGAGAGAGCUCGUUUGACCAAGAUGCUUGCUAAGAUUAAGGAAGAACAAGGUUUGAUUGCUGAAGCUGCGGAUCUCAUGCAAGAAGUUGCUGUGGAGACAUUUGGUGCUAUGGCAAAAACUGAGAAAAUUGCUUUCAUUCUUGAACAAGUCCGCUUGUGUUUGGAUCAAAAAGAUUUUGUCCGUGCACAAAUUUUAUCUAGGAAGAUCAACCCAAGAGUGUUUGAUGCAGAUACCACGAAGGAGAAAAAGAAGCCUAAGGAAGGUGAAAACAUGGUAGAGGAGGCUCCGGCUGAUAUACCUACAUUGUUGGUGCUAAAACGGAUUUACUAUGAGCUAAUGAUUCGGUAUUAUUCUCACAACAAUGAGUACAUUGAGAUAUGCCGUAGCUACAAGGCGAUAUAUGAUAUCCCUUCUGUAAAGGAAAACCCAGAACAAUGGAUUCCAGUCCUGAGAAAGAUUUGCUGGUUUUUGGCCUUGGCACCACAUGAUCCAAUGCAAUCGAGCCUACUCAAUGCAACCUUGGAAGAUAAAAAGUUAUCAGAGAUUCCUGAUUUCAAGAUGCUUCUAAAACAGAUUGUUACAAUGGAGGUGAUUCAGUGGACAUCUCUCUGGAAUAAAUACAAGGACGAGUUUGAGAAUGAGAAAAACAUGAUUGGAGGCUCUUUGGGUGACAAAGCUGGUGAAGAUCUCAAACUAAGAAUAAUCGAACACAAUAUUCUCGUUGUCUCAAAGUACUACUCAAGGAUUACCUUUAAGAGACUUGCAGAACUUUUAUGCCUAACCACUGAGGAAGCAGAGAAGCAUCUAUCUGAAAUGGUUGUGUCCAAAGCCUUGAUAGCAAAAAUCGACAGACCAUCAGGAAUAAUCUGCUUCCAGAUUGUUAAAGACAGCAACGAAAUCCUCAACUCGUGGGCAACAAACUUGGAGAAGCUUUUGGAUCUUGUUGAAAAGAGUUGUCACCAAAUUCACAAAGAAACAAUGGUUCAUAAAGUUGCACUAAGAGCUUGAGAACCCGGUCUAGCCACACACAUCGGUGGAAAGAAUCUUUCAGGCUCUCGUUCUAACAUAAUCAUUUGAGUUUUCUUUCUCUGCUUGGUUCGAACACAUUUUUUUUGUGUUCUUUAGGAGACCUUGCAAGAUUAUAUACAAAACUCUCUUUUUUUUCCUUUCUCCAUGUGGUCUUUUUAAUGUUUGUUACAAUGAAACGAAAUUAUAAUGCAAAAAUAUAAUAAAUUAAGAAAAAAAGCAUGAGAGG